AUGGCAAUGGCACCGAGCCUCUAUCUCACUUCCAAAGCCCUAAUACCAACCCCAAGACCCUCUCUUUUUCCUCCUUCUUUCCAACCCUCUUUCUCUUCCCUCCGAUUCAAUGCGGAGACUCGGCCUUUAACUCGCUCGGUUCCUUCAAAGCUGCGCGUUCGAGCUGUGAACGACAGCGACUACUCGUCCAGGAGGAGCAGCAGCAAUGAGCAGAGAGAGACGAUAAUGUUACCUGGCUGUGACUAUAACCACUGGCUUAUAGUCAUGGAGUUCCCUAAAGACCCUGCUCCCACUAGAGAGCAAAUGAUCGAGACCUACCUCAACACUCUCGCUACUGUUCUUGGAAGCAUGGAAGAAGCAAAGAAAAAUAUGUAUGCUUUUAGCACCACCACAUACACUGGAUUCCAGUGUACUGUAUCUGAAGAAACAUCUGAAAAAUUCAAAGGAUUGCCUGGUGUUCUCUGGGUAUUGCCAGAUUCGUAUAUAGAUGUUAAAAACAAGGAUUAUGGAGGUGAUAAGUAUGUUAAUGGAGAGAUAAUUCCUGGCAACUACCCUGUUUAUCAACCAAAGAAACGAAGAGAAUCAAAAUUUGAGAGCAGAAGAUAUGAAAGACGAAGGGAUGGACCUCCUCCUGAACGAACACGGCCAAAGCAAGAAGCAUCUCCAUCAGAAUCAGCCUCUGGAUGA